AUGGCUCCCGAACACGACUCCCAAGUCCUCACGACGCUGCCCUCGGGCGAGCCUAUCGACUCGUCGGCGCCGCCGUCGCUCCCUCCUCCCAGCAAAAAAGCCCCUCUGGGCGCCCUGCUCGCCGCCGCCCCGUCCCACGCCGAUGCCUUCAUCUCCCACCUCUACCGCUGCAUGCAGACCCGCGCCGGCGCCGACACCGUCCUGCUCUUCCUCUGCUACUCGACCCGCCUCACCGGCUCCGUCCUCGAGACCCUGAGCCGCCCCGUCCUGCAGCUCUCGGCCCGCCGCCUCGUCGCCCUGGCCUUUAAGCUGCCCCCCGCGACCACCGUCGUCCUGGCCUCGGCGAAGCCCCAGCCGCCGCUGGCCGCCUUUGCGCUUCGCCUCGGCGGAUACUUCAAGGCUGCCGCCGCUCUCCUGAGCGAGACGCGCACCAUGGGCCGCCUCUGGGGCCUGCUGGGCAUCUACUUUGCCGCCAAGAGGCUGGUCCUCAAGUCGUGCGCCAAGAAGCAGGCUGAGGGCUCGGAAAAGGCGGUCGAGGCACAGGACGCGGGAGAGGCCCUCUUCGACACGCUCGUGGCCUACGCGCAGGUCAUCUCCCUCAUCGCCUACCAGGCCUGCGAGAACGUGGCCUACCUGUCCAGCAAAAAGGUGCUACCCUUUUCGCCCAAGACACAGGGCCGCCUGGCGUCCAUCAGCGUGCGCUCCUGGGGUGCCUACGUCGGCAUGGAGCUGGGCAGGCUCCUGGUCGAGCGCUCGCGCAAGAUCAGCAGCGGCGCCGCGGCCAAGGACCCCAAGUGGGCGUCGUCGUGGACGACCGACUUUACGCGCAACCUGGCCUGGGCGCCGCUGACGGUGCACUGGAGCAUGGAGAAGGGCCCGCUGCCGGACCUGGCCGUGUCGCUGCUGGCGGCGUACCCGUCCAUCGGCGCCAUGAAGGACCUCUGGCGCGAGACCGCCUGA